CAUACACUGUGCAGGAGUAUCAUUUGAAGAGCCUGGACUUGCCAUGGCUUCCUGCUACACUGAGCCGACACUUAGUGCCUGGGAGCCAGAUGAAGACGAGGAAGAGAAAGAGCCAAAAUCUCCAAGAAGGAGCUCAAGUGAUGAGUCUGACGACUCAGAACCUGAGCCACCACUGGCUUCUGUGGGCCAAAGGAGGGUUUCUUUUGCAGAUGCUUUUGGCUUAGACUUGGUCUCUGUUAAGGAGUUUGAUAACAGAGUUGAGAGAUCUGAAGCAAGAGAGGGAGAGGAGUUCUAUCUGUCCUGCAUUUUCAGCGUCCCAGCCUCAGAUGAAGAGUUGGAGCUCCGGCUUCGGCAGAACAAGCUGGAGCUGGAGAGCAUUGAGCUCCUGCCUGGCUCCACCACCAUCCGCGGCACUAUCCGUGUGCUUAACCUCUCUUAUAACAAGGUUGUUUAUGUACGAACUACUUUAGAUAGCUGGCAAAGCCAUUUUGACCAGCUAGCUGAGUAUGUGCCUGGAUCCAGCGAUGGAGAGACAGACCGCUUCUCCUUCCAACUCUCCUUGAUGCCACCCUUUCCACCCGAUGGGGUGCGGGUGGAGUUCUGCAUCUGCUAUGAAUCCGCUAGUAGAAUCUUUUGGGCAAACAAUGGAGCUAUGAACUAUGUGCUGUUCUGCCAUCAGAGAGGAGGGAGAGCGCUGAAAGAGAAGGAGGGAGGGAAAGAAAGGGAGAAUGAAGAGAACAAUCAAAGGGGAAAAAAGAGCUGCUUGAAAGCUAUCAAAAAAGGGACUUGUGCUGAGUCGAAGCCCACAGACAAUGAAAUCACAGAACAAGACACAUCUAGGUCUGUAGAGAAUAAGAAAGGGAAAACUCAGCACAAAGCAGAAAGUCGAUCAAGAGAUAUACUAGAGGAAAGCUGCAGAACUUUGGCUGAACGACGGAACAGACGACGAGCAGCUCGACUGGCAUCCUUGCAAGAUUAUUUCUCUAAUAGGGAGGCAGAAGUCCAGCUAGUUCAACCUCUAAUGGUUGUACUAGAUACCUCUAAUGUACUAGAUACCUCUAGUACAAUUCACGUAUGCAGCAGAAAUAAGCAAAAUGAGAAUAGAUUAUCGAUUCUACCUGACCAUCAGAUUCCCUUACUUCCAGUGGAGUUGAGUAGAAACAUUGCAUCUCCAUCUUCCUCUGAUACAAAGACUUCUGAGAUCAUCAGCAGAACAAGGCUGGAUGUAUCUGAGAAAGAACACACAGAGGAUGUGUCAACAGAGUUGUCAAAUGAUGCCUGGAAAGCUUUCCUCAAUGGCACAGAUAGUUCGGAAAACCACAACGAUGCUUUGGACCAAAAGUGCUUGCUUUGCAUUGCAGGGUCCAAUGCCUCCCAAACAUCAAACACAGAAUAUGAUGUAUCCAAUGCAGAGGACAAGAUAUUGUCAGUGUGCAAUAGUCAGGAGUUUGCAGUGACCAUUGGGGAGGGGUCACAUCAGGGCUUUACAGCAAUGGAAACUCUAGUGUCUGAUCCUGCUAAACAGUCACCAGCUCUUGAUCCCAGUCAUAUCAGUGAGGUAUUGAGUUAUAAAUAUCCUGAAAAAGCACAAAUCUUUACUGAAUCACACGCUUGCCAGGAAUCAGAGUCAACACAGGUACAAUGGAGGCCUGGUGUCACUGAAGCCCCACAUGACAAACUUACUGAAAGGCCUUUUAGUACAGAUGAGCCCAUGCUAUUAAUCAAACAAGGGGAGACAGCCUGUGUUGAGGAUGCCACAGAACCACCAAAAUCCAGAACAGGAGGUAGAGUCUUGUUUGAACAAUGUGCAAGCAGCACAGAGUUCUUAGACAUGAAAGGGGACACGGACAGAGUAGUUGACAAGACUUUGACAUUAACGAGAAUCAGGAUCCAACCCUUUAUAGAGAGUAGAGAGUCUUUAGAAAGACAGCAUGAAGAUGAAAGUGAAGAACUAAAGAAAAUGAAAGAGCAUAUCCUGGAAGAAAAUGAGAAUGCAUCCCAAAUGAAAAGGAUAUUUUGGAGUGAGUAUUCUGAAGAAGCUUUAGUGGUACUAGAAAGCAGAUUGCAAGAAGAUGAUGAGGAACUAAAAGAUGAGAACACAGAAAUAUGGAUUUCAUCAAGAACAAGUUUGGUUAGUGAUGAAGGUGGAGCACAUAAACCGACUGAAUGUCUUGAUAGGGGAGAGGAGGAUGUUGUAUAUUAUGAAUUAGUGAAAAAUGGAUUCUCUGACUCCAGUGAGAGGCAAAAAGAAGAAGGUGAUAUAGCUGAUGGAGAAUUUGAAAAUGGUUUAAAGACUGUGGGUCAAAGUAUACAUGGAACGAUGAGUGAGGGUGAUGACUACAUAGAAAAGGAACUACACAAGCAACUAUACAACCUUCAAAGUUCCCCUGAAACCUGCCCUCAUUCACCCAACCUAUGUAUAACCAGCCAUACCAAUAGUCCAUCUGGGAACUUCACCUGUACAAAAUCUCUGAGAUGGGGCGAACUUCAUUUUCCUGUCUCUCACAAGAGUUUUGUGAAUGAGGAGACUCUGAAAAAUGGGGUAGCUCAGGACCUCGAGGAUCAAGGUGUAGGGACUGAGUUUCCCAGCUCAUUUUCCAGGAUUGCUUCACCCUCAGUGAGCAAAUUGUCAAGCUGGCUACUGAUAUGCUGGGCCAAACUCUCAAAUCUCAGCUCCCUCACUGGGGCCAUUGUGUGUGCCAUUCUGUUUGUGAUCUUAGUUAAUGCUUAUUUGCAUGAACUCCCAGUUUGUCUGGCCAUUUAUCUGUUGUCUGUAUGCUGGUGGUGUAGACAGGACAUAAAAAAAGAUGUGACUGCAGCUGACAGUGUGGACUGACAUCAGUAAAGGAAAUGUUUCACUUUCAGGGCCCAACACCAGUUGUCUACAUGUACUGUACCAGUGU